AUGAUCAACCAAGUGCAGGAGAGUUACCAUCUUAGACCAAGAAAAUCAAUCUUUUAUGGCAGCAGUAGUGAAGAUGAUGACGAUUAUGUGCUGCAGGGAUCAUCUACUUCACGUACAAUUACAUCGAGUAAUGAAUUAGAUCUUGCAAUAGCAAGAAAAAGAAUUUUGGGACUUAAGGAGUACGACGAACAUGUCCAUGAACUAGUUUAUGAGAUAAGCGAUGCAAUGUUGAACGUAGAAUUAAGUGAAGACCACUAUAUAGCAAGUGGAAUUCUUUUCUACAAAGACCUCAUGAACAACAAUAAGGGAUUAUAUGAAAUUUUGAAAACAAAAAAACUUUCUAAAUUACUUAAACCUCCUAAACUUGAAAUAGAAAAAUUAGAUUCCGUACAAGAAAAUUUCGUUAUUGCAUUAAUGAAUAAUAUAGACACACAAAUACCAAUGGCAAAAAAUUUAAAAUAUUAUUAUGAACUUAUAUCAUUCCUUCUUUCUAUACAUAAUAUUUGGAAUUCAAUUAACUAUCAAGAAAAAAUGAAGGUUAGCGAAAAAACCUGGAGAAACGAUAUGAUUUCUUCAACAAUAAGGUUUUUAUCAAUUAAUAGUGGUAAAAAUGUUGUCAAAUUAAGUGACGGUUCUGCAUCCGAAUCGACGAAAGAUCGUAACAACCAAUCUGGUGGUCCUUUGAGAUUUCCAGAUUAUAUGUGGCUUUUUUAUAAUAAAGAAAAGCAAUAUAGUUAUGAAUUUUUAUUUACAGAAGUGUCAUAUGGACCCCAUGCAGAUGGUGCUUAUCUGUCACAACAUAUUAAAGAAGAUAGAUCUCGACUUGCCAAAAUGGCAAAAGAGGGCUGGAACAGUAUUUUAAAUUUUAUAAAAGAAUACGGGGAUGAAGAUUGUAUAAAAAUACUAAAUGAAUUGGAAAUAAUCACUAUCCAUGUGUAUAUUUAUAAAUUGCCAACUUUGCUUAAACAUCCAAGUGCUAAAGCUCAAAUAUUAAGCUCUUUAUUAUGUCACCUAAAGUUGAAUAAUAAAUAA